CUGGCCAAGCUGAUGGAGGCACGGGAGCCGCUACUGAAGCAUACAUUUGGCUUCACAGACGGCAAAAACUUCCGCGUGCAGCAACCAUCUAGCGCCGAUCAACAAAACGCAAUGUACAACGGAUGGCUGCACUCAGGCUUCGUGACCGGGACGAUCUGUUUCGCAGCCGACGGCUGCAUCAUCUGGUGCAAGCAUAAUUGCCCGGGGUCGUGGAACGACUCCGACACGUCGCUCGAGUUCCGCAUGGAGCUGACGGGCCCGAAAUUCUGCCCGGAUAAGCGCCUGAACGUCGUCUCCGACUCGGCCUUCCCGUGCUCCACGGCCAUGACCGGCCGAAUCCUCACGCCCCUCAAGGACGGCGACUUGGACAGGAUCUUGUCCUCGUUGCGCAGCUCGGCGCGCACGCUGCACAACGCGAUCGCCUCAGUGAGGCAGGCUGCAGAGUGGGGCAUGGGGAGCAUU